AGCUCACUACCAAACUGAGGCGGCUGCUAGGAGGGCUUCGCGCAUGAUAAGGAAGCCCCAAGUGACAGCACGCAUCCCGGCACUUUUACCAGGAUACUCUUGCGAUAAAGUGGAAUUGAUUUGCAUACGUCUCAGAGAAAAGCACGAAUCCUUUUUAUGUGAAGAAAGUGUUCUGUAUCUUAACUACAAGUGACAAGACAAGAAGUUCGUAGGAUCAAUAACAGCCCUUGUUUAACCUUAAAUAUUCAAUAACGUACUGUGGGAUACUUUUCAGAGGAUCAUGCCGGCAGAUAUGAUGGAGAAAACGUCCUCAUCACCGGUGGCGGCAACUCCAGCCAGUAUGAAUUCCACGCCAGAUAAGCCGAAGACUGCUUCCGAGCACAGAAAGUCGUCGAAACCUAUUAUGGAGAAAAGACGACGAGCAAGAAUCAACGAGAGCCUAGGUCAGUUGAAAACGCUAAUCUUGGACGCACUGAAAAAAGAUAGUUCUAGACAUUCCAAGCUCGAAAAAGCGGACAUUCUUGAAAUGACAGUGAAGCACCUCCGAAAUCUUCAGCGAGCUCAGAUGACAGCUGCUUUAAACUCCGAUCCUACCGUCCUUGGGAAAUACCGAGCUGGCUUCAGCGAAUGCAUGAACGAGGUGACCCGGUUCUUGUCAACUUGUGAAGGUGUCAAUACAGAGGUCCGGACACGACUCCUUGGACACUUGGCAAACUGUAUGUCGCAGAUCAACGCUAUGAACUACCCAACGCAAGCUCAACUGCCUCCUGGCCCCACACAUGCUGCUUUUGGACAGCCUUUGGUACAAAUCCCUGGGGCCCCACCUCUGGGAGGAGUACCCUGCAAAGCGAGUCCAGCGGCCCUCUCCCCUGCCGAAGCCACAAAGGUAUACAGCGGCUUCCAGAUCGUCCCAGCAUCAGACGGCCAGUUCGCUUUCAUCAUCCCUAAUGCAGCAUUUGCACCUAACGGACCCGUUAUCCCAGUAUAUGCCAAUAACUCUAGUACACCCGUUCCUGCUUCAGUGUCCCCGGGGGCACCGUCAGUGACUGCAGACUCUGUCUGGAGACCCUGGUGAAAAAAAAACUGAUUCUGAAAUGUUGGACUUGAAACCAGGGCACAGACACUUGUGUUUUGGUUAAAUUUUAAUACGUUUUUUUUCUAUAGAACUGUAUUAAAACAUGAGAAUAUGCACUAUAUUUGUAUAUAUUUGAAAGAAAUCUUAUCGUAUACAUUUUGUAUUGUAAAUUCAGUUUUAUUGAACUGCAUUUUUAUAUCCGGGGUAUCUUUUUUUUAUUAUGUGAUGCCAAAGAUAAGCGGAAUGCUCUUAAACAGAUCCUUCCUUUUCGGAAGGCUUAAAUAAAACAAAAUUGCCAAUGA